AUGGCGCCGCAAAAGGGCAAGGAUAAGGCUACCGAGUCGCCGCCAACGCUGGAUAUGUCUGAUACAGAGUCGGUCGUAGCUCACUCCGAGGACGAAAGCACCACCGCCGACAAGGAAAAGGAUAGCGGCACUCCCAGCGACGCGCCAGCGCUGCCGCUGCAGAAGCGUCGGAGGGUCACACGCGCUUGCGACGAGUGUAGGAGGAAGAAGAUCAAGUGCGAUGGAAAGCAGCCAUGCACCCACUGCCAGGUCUACAGCUACGAGUGCACCUACGACAAGCCCUCUAACCGUCGCAGGAACCCUGCCCCACAGUAUAUCGAGGCCCUGGAGAACCGAUUGCAAAGGGCAGAGGCGCUGCUCAAGAAGUUCAUGCCAGAUCUCGACUUGGCAGAUCCCGCCAUGGACCCUGCCGUCGAGCAGGAGUUUAGACUACGCGAACAGGCACGUGCCAAGGCGAUUAAGAAGGAGGAGAGCUCCGGGUCAUCAUCGACCAAAACGGAUGAGCGGCUCCUAUCCAUGAUCUCUGGCGUGGGCCAGCUCGAAUUCGACGACAAGGGCGACUAUGAUUUCCAUGGCCCUUCCUCUGGCACGGUAUUUUUCCGCAAGAUGAAGGACCAUUUCAAGUCAUUGCUCGGACGCGAUUACCACGUCCCCGUGCUUCCCCGACCGCCCAAACCUUCUAGCCUAACCCUGGAUUCUCCUCGCCUGUCAGCCGGUGGCUCUCCUGCCAGCAGAAAAGGAUCAUUGCCAGAAAUUGUCGAUCUGCCUCCAAAAGUGGUAGCACGACGCCUAUGUUCUCAUUCACUAAAAUAUGCCACCUGUUUACUGCGUGUGGUGCACGUUCCAUCGUUUUACAGCAUGGUGGACAGAAUCUACGAGCGCACUCCGGGAAGCUACCAUGGGGAAAAUGAAGAUAGAGAGCUUGCAUUGUUGUACUCGGUUCUGGCUCUUGGGUGCAUGUACAAUGUUUUGGAUGACGAAAAGUCGAAGAAACCACCCUACGAAUUGGCCACUGAGCAAGGACUAAAGUACUACACGUCAGCACGUUUCUUGCUUCAAGAUAUUACGGAAUGCCGUGACCUGACGUCUCUUCAGGCGCUCCUGUUCAUGAUUCUCUUCAUACAGUCAAUCUCGAAUUUGAGCACGUGCUACGGUUUUGUUGGCAUUGCUCUGCGGUCUGCCCUGCGGAUGGGCUUGCACAGAAAUCUGCCGCACAACGGGGAAACAGCCAUUGACGCCGAAACAAGGCGGCGUGUCUUCUCUGUCUGCCGCCAACUGGAUAUUUAUGUUUCCGCGCUUUUAGGAUUCCCGAUGCUCCUGAACGAAGAGGAUAUCGAUCAGCCAUUGCCUACGCCCGUGGACGACGAAUUUAUCACGAAAGCUGGUAUCGUCUCUGUGCCUCCUGGCACUACCUCGUUCUUUGAGGCCUUCAAUGCUCACGCUCGCCUGAUGGAUAUCCUGAGCAAGGUUAUCAAGUUCGUCUAUCCGCUAAAAGGCAUCGAGCAGAGCGUUGCAGAAGGUGGACAGAUGAGUCCGUCAUAUGUCAUUAGCUACGCCAAGGUUAAAGAACUCGAGGCUGCGCUGCAUGAAUGGAACGAAGCAUUGCCUGUCGCCUGGCGACCAGAUUCCGAGGGCCCUGAGGAGGUUGUCCGCGUUCGCAACUUACUCAGGUUCGCAUUUGCACACGUUCAAAUGGUCCUGUAUCGACCAUUCCUCCAUGCCGUGUCGCCAAAGAUGACGGCGGGCAAGCAACCCGACGAGCGGUCCUACGCCUGCGGCGCCGCGGGCAUCAACGUUGCCCGCAAUAUCAUACAUAUAGGCAUUGAAAUGCGCAAGCAGGUAUCCUUGGUCGGCCCAUACUGGUUCACCCUGUUCACCGAAUUCUUCGCCAUCAUCACCUUGGUAUUCUACGUUCUCGAGAAUGUCGACAAGCCCGGUACUUCAGACAUCAUGGCAGAUGCUGCAGCCGGUAGAGAUAUGAUUGCCAAGAUUGCACGGCGUAGUGUAGCUGCUGAUCGUAUCUCCAAGGCUUUAGAUGUUCUGUUUGAGCAGCUUCCCCCAAAGAUGAAAAAGGUGUCGGCCACAUCGACUCCGUCCAAAAAGCGCUCAGCUACGGGCUCAAAAGAAUCACUCCCAACGACUAUCUCGUCUCCAAGCAGCCACAACCAGUCAGUGCGCUCAAGCGAUACGAUGGACGGCAUGUCGGCCAACGGAAUCCGAGGAUCCUUGGCACCCAUGGCGCCUAGCGUUGGCUUUGAUCUCGAUACAAAUUUUGGCCUCGACGACUUCUCUCCAAACAUGCAGGGCAUGUCGCCACUAGAUCUGGCGGCUCACCCGGCAGACGCAAUGGCCGCGGCUCAUCUUGACCAUGGAAGACAUCUGCAACAAGACGGCCUCGGACAGGGAUUGAACCAGAUCAACCAACUUGACGCCGUUAUGUUUCCCUCAGGUGAUCCGCUGGCAUACCCCAAUCAGCCUGGGUUAGGCAUGAGGGGAGGUCCUCAACACUACGAUCCAUCACAGUACUAUGCACCGAACCUGUUUGAUGGUAUUGAAGGUCAGUUGAUGGGUCCGCUUCCUCCAUACUUGAUGCAGACACCACAAGGACAGCCCGGGUUUUCGUUCCCAGCUCAAAUGUAUUCAGAUCCAAUGCUAGCAAUUCAGCUGCAGCGGGCGCCCCAUCAGCCCCAUGGCCAUCACCAGAUGCCGCAGCAACGGCGGCGUAUGUUUAAUCAGUUCGGCGCACAACAGUCAUGGUCCGGCGGCAUGUUUCCCCAGUAG